AUAAAGUUGAAAUACAUCAAGAUAUAAAAAUGGCUAGUGGAUGGAAAAUAUUUGGUUUGUUAAUGUACAAAAAUUUGAUAGUACGCAAAAGGCAUUGGCGUAUGAUGAUUUUCUUACAAGCUUUAGUACCUAUUGCAAUAUUUGCGUUACUGCAAGCUGUGAGAGAUUUCAGCGUACAGCCCCCUGUUGUAGUAAACGUCAGCACACAUUAUCCUAUAUAUACACAAGAUGAAUUAAUGCAAAGGAUUGAUAAUGCUUUAAAUAAAGUAUAUUAUGCACCAAAAAAUGCAUAUACAGAUAAUAUCAUGGAAUCCGUUAGACAAUGUCUUCAUCUCCUGCCUGGAAAUAUGAAGGGUUUUGCUAAUGAAUCUGAAAUAAUAAAUGUUUAUACACGGUCUCAAGCACAAAAUCCAAUACUUUCUGCUAUGGCUAUUGUUUUUAAACAAUAUGAUCAGCCUACCAUACAGUAUAAACUGAGACAUUCAUGGAAGGUUCCAUACUCUUUGUAUCAAAGCCUAUCAGUUGAACGUAUGAGUGCAUCAUCUUCGAUGUAUUUUGAAAUGAUGCCAUUUAUCCAAGUUCAGAUCUGUUUGGACGAAACACUUAUAAAACAAGUAGCACCAGAUUCUAACAUAAAGAUGUCAAUACAAAGAAUGCCUUAUCCACCAUAUGUCAAAAUAGAUGCGGUGGAUACAGUAUUUCGUAUGAUAAUUGUUUCAUUUGGUGUUACAAUUUUUGUGAUUAUACUUUGUGUGGAAACCAACUAUUCAUCGAAAGAAAAGUUUAUUGGCAUAAAUAUUUUAAUGGCAAUGAAUGGAGUCAAAUUGGUCUACAAUUUAUUUAGCUGGUUAAUUACAGGAAUAUUAAUGAGCAUUAUUUAUAUAAUACCAACAAUCAUAUUAUUUAAGAAUACUUUUUCCGAUAAUGUUGAGGCCUUUUUGGAAUAUGGAAAUGGAUUUAUAUUUUGGCUCUUAUUUACCACACAUAUUGCUCAUCUUAUAACAUUUGGCAUGCAUAUUGCAGCAUAUUUCUCAAAACCACGAUUUGUGACAAUUGUCUUAGCUAUCAUUUACAUGGCAGCAAUUUCGCUCCAUCAAAAUAUGGUAAGGCGAGAAAUUUUCGGCGUUAUACCGUAUUUUGGUAUAAUAUUUCCAAACAUUAUGCUUCAUAGAUUUCUUCAAGAAUCAAAUGCUCAUGAAAGCAAAUUGGUUGGUAUUCAAUGGUAUAAUCUUUUUAUCCCUGGAGAGAUAGAAUAUGGUAUCUUAGGAAGUCCAGGUUUUAUAUUUCUCUUUUCAAUCUUGGGUGCUGUGAUACAUUUUACACUUGCCGUAUAUGUAAAUGCUGUACUGCCCGGUAAAUAUGGAGUUCGAAAGGAUCCAUUAUAUUUUUUAAAGUGCAUCAAAAAGAACAAAGUAUCUCUUGAUGAUGAAGCUACUGGAUUUGAUUACGACAAGACUAAUGAAGACUUUGAGCCAGUGUUAGGUGGUGCACUUACACCUGGAAUACAAAUACGUGAUCUUAAAAAGUCUUAUACAACAAGCUGGUUACGAAAAUCUAAAGUCCAUGCCCUAAGAGGAGUAUCGGUGGACUUUUACAAAGGACAAAUUACUGCUUUACUUGGACAUAAUGGAGCAGGCAAAACUACACUUAUGUCUAUAUUAACAGGUGUGACCAGUGAAACAGAAGGGAAAGUCUUUAUAAAUGGCAAAAAUAUAAGAAAGCACUUAAAUAGUAUUAUAAAUGAUUUGGGGCUAUGUCCUCAAGAAAAUAUGGUUUUUCCAGAUUUAAAUGUAUUUGAACAAAUAGAAUUCUUUGGCUUGUUGAAAGCUAAAAAUAAAACCAGAAAUGAAAUUAAAAAAGAUGUUCAUAAUUUGCUUGUUAAGUUGAAGCUUUCCGAAAAGAAAGAUUUUCUACCUAGCAAACUUUCUGGUGGUCAACAAAGAAGACUAUGUCUCGGAAUGGCUCUUAUUGGCGAUGCUAGCAUCAUAAUUUUGGAUGAGCCAACAUCAGGAAUGGAUCCUGAAACUAGAAGAGAUACAUGGGAUAUUAUAUUGAAACUUAGAGGAGAGAAAACAAUAUUAAUUAGUACACAUAAUAUGGAAGAGGCUGAUAUACUUGGUGAUAGAAUCGCAAUAAUGCAUACCGGUCGUCUUAGAAGUUAUGGCACUGCAAUGUUUUUGAAGAAACAGUAUGGUCAUGGACAUAUCGAAGUUACAUUGUCGACAAAAUCUUGGUGUGUUCCCGAAAAAGUCAUAAAUAAAUUUGAUGCAAGAACACAACAACUUAGCGUUGAUAGUGAAAAGAUCGUUUUAAAUGUUCCAUAUACUGAUUCUUUACCACAAUCACUGGACAAAGUAGAAAGCGAGAAGAAAGAAUUAGGCGUCACUGGAAUAAGUGUGUCAUUGAUUACUUUGGAACAAGUAUUUUUAAAGAUUGUGAGAAGUGAAGAUAGUGGAACACAUCUUAAUGAAUUAUUUACAGCACCAUUACAAAAAGUUACAGGCACUGAACUAUCCGUGCAAACAAUAUCGGCAUUAUUUUGCAAGAAAUUUACAUACACGAGAAAGAAUCUAGCUAUCCUGCUGACGAUUCUAAUUCUUCCUAUCUUUUCGGUGCUUCUAAUGGCCUUGAGUUACAGCUUACCAACCGAUUCCACUGAUAUCGUUCCAUUAAAGCUUGAUAUGUACAGAUAUCCCAAAGCUUUAUAUUCAUCAAACAACGAACAAAUUGCUCAGAAAUAUAGAGAUAUUGUUCAGAAUGUGGGCGAAGCAGAGCGUGUAGCGUCAGAUAUAAAUGUUACAAGCGCUCUUUUGAAUUCUUCUAUGAAGAAUCUUGCGGAGUACCGAAACAAUCUUAUCGUAUCCGCCGAAUUUAAUAUCACUGAAAAUAACACAUGGGCUAACGGUUUUUAUUCCGGCAUAGCAAUUCACAGCGUGCCAUUAACAGUGAAUCUGUUAAGUAAUUCGUUUAUUAAAGCUAUCGCUGGCGAUGAAUACUCCAUUACUGCGUCCAGGCAACAAUUACCGAAUUCGAUAUUUUCAACUCAAUUACAAUUGCCCGAAGCAGAUUCGAUGUCGCGUGUUUUGCUAUUCUGCAUGUUUUUAUUUCCUACUAUGUCACUUUUUGUAAUGCAUCCUUUUCAAGAAACCACAACGAAAGUUAAGCAACUCCAACGUAUGACUGGUGUCACUUCUCUAUCAUACUGGGGUACAAUGUUCGCUUUUGAUUUUCUGAUAUUU